GUUGCGGCCGGAUGAACGUGCAGGCGCUGUAGCGGCUGUGUGUGUAUACUGGCGCGCGGCACGGUCGGUGUGUCUAUCGAGAGCUGCGAGCGCGUCUGGACGUGUGGACGACGAGCGCACCAGUCGGUCGGAUGUGCCCGCCGCACGAGUCCAACUGAAACAGACUAUAUGAUAUAAUAUAAUAUAUACACGUAUACCGUCGUAUCCGUUAGACAGUGAUAACUGCGACGACGGCGAGUUCGGUGGUUUUAUGCAUGUGCGCGACUUCGGGUCCUGCAGCCGGUCGUCGACGGGAAAAAGCGCACGGGAAACGGCCGCCGGGCGGCAGCGGAUACGCGCGUGAAGCCCCGGAAGUGUUCCGAUAACGUUGCGCGCACACCACACGCGGCGGCCAAAAGUCUCCGCGAUAACGGCGCGUGCGGAUAGGGUAAUAGCAGCUGUAGCAGCGGUGCAGUAGGUCGUGCAGGUGCAGUUGCAAGCGGCGGCAGCGGCGGCGGUGGUGGUGGUGAUAAAAACGUCGGAGUUGCAGUAGACGUCGUCGUCGCGGAAGAGUGGCUCGCGUCUCCGCGUGACGAGAGACGUCCCGGAGUGGGCUGUUGUUGCGCGCGGAUGGGCUGCGAUCUGGGUAAACUGGCCAGCUCGGCCACGUCCGGCGACGACCGCGGCGGUAAGCACAAGGAUGCGUUGGAGGAACCGCCGAGCCCGGGCCCGCCGGACCCCCGACUCCCGCUGACGGCCAAGCAGAAAUACAGCAUGAUCGCAUCGUGGAAGGGCAUAUCCAGGGCAAUGGAACCCACGGGGGUGUACAUGUUCAUCAAGCUUUUUGAAGAACACCAAGAACUUCUCCAGCUGUUCACCAAAUUCGGCGAACUGAAAACCAGGGACGCACAGGCUAACAGUAUGGAGCUAGCCGAACACGCAAACAAAGUGAUGACCACACUAGACGAAGGCAUCAAAGAACUGGACGACCUUGACAACUUCUUCCAGUAUCUGACCCAAGUGGGCGCUACACACAAGACCAUACCAGGCUUCAACCCAGACUAUUUUUGGAAAAUUGAAGUGCCAUUUUUGGAAGCAGUAAAAACUACAUUAGGUGACCGGUUCACAGAAAACAUCGAAACAAUAUAUAAAAUCACCAUUAAACUCAUCAUAGAGACAUUAAUCAAAGGAUAUACGGAAGCCGCUGGGCCAUGAAAAAAGAACCACACAGGAGCUUAAUGAAAUCGCAAAUUUCAUAUCAUUACAAAUGUUCAAGUGACCGAACGUAACAAUAUUAUAUUCCAUUGUCAAAUAAUAAGUUUUAAUAUGUCAUUUGGAAAUUAAAUUUAAAAAAAAUAAAUAAAUAAACGAUGAGCUCAAAUUUAAUUAACUGAGCGCAAUUUGUAUUAAUGUCAUAAUGUCAAUUUGAUUAUCAACGUGUACCUAUACAUAUAAUGAAAUCAUAUUUAUAUAAUUAUAAACAUAUAAAUAAAAAUGUGUAAUUAUUGUUAUUGAUUGUUAAUUGGCUAUUAUUAUUUAUUACUUAUAUUAAAUCAAC